UGCAAGAGCUGGGAUUAGCAGUCCUGACCCCAGAGCCACUGUGCAGCCCCACACCCCAGCCUCACACUCCGCUCCUCCGAGCUCCUGUCAGACAAGGAUGGACAAGGACCUCGACGUGGUGCAGAAUCCAUUUCCUGCAGAAGAACCAUCUACACGUGGACUUGCUACACUCCCUUUUAAGAAGCGUUGAAGCUACAAGAUAUAAUGACGAUGGAUGCUGGGUUCUGUGCUUGGGACCAUCUGAGACAAAGUUUACAGAAAGGUUCGCUGUAACUUCAGCUGCAUUGAUAGAAAUGAGUAUCUAGACCGUCCAGAUCAAAACCUGCUCUAAGUUGCCUACCCAGAGUAUUAGCUGGUUUCCAGAUGCCUUGCUUUAAAGAAGGGAGGGAUGCAUCCCUUUGAACAAAAAAAGACUCUAGAGUGAGAGAAUGAAAUCUGUCUUCAAACAUGUGAAAGGCAUGAAAGAGGAGAGAUGUUCUGUGAGAGGAGGGUAAACUGGGACCCCUGGUGGAGACCACAGGGAGGUGAAAGCCAGCUCAGUGCAAAGAUGAAUCUGAAGACCAUCUCAGGAGGCGGUAAGUUCCCUGGGACUCGGAUGUGCAAGGAUAAUAGCCGACACUGUGAGGGCAUUUGCGCUGUGUCAGAUCCUGUUCUGAGUUCCCUUCAAUGUUGCCAUGUAUUAGGUGAAGAAACUGCAGUUUAGAGACCUGAGCACCUUGCCCAAGGCUGACUCACAGGCCCGUUGUGUCGUGGUCCCUCCCCACCACAGGCUAGAGAACCAUGUUGGUGAGGGUGCUGAGGGAGGGACUCCAGGAUCAGAAGGGAAGGUGCACCAGAUGACUCUGAAGGAACGCUUCCUGGGAGGCAGUGACUGAUUUUUCCUAAGGCGGGAUUCUAGGCACCUGUCCCAGUAAGUCAGAGCGAGAGCCGGGCAGAGGCUGGACUGACUAGAAGGAGGUGGACAAAAUGCUAGUCCAGCCCCAGUAUCCUGCCCCUGCCUUUCUGGGACUCUGUGGAGUCAGAACUUCUAUCCACCCUACCCUUCAAAGAGCUCUGUUCCAGAAGGAAACGGCCAGGCCUGACAGUGCAGAGCCGUGACCACAGGGUGGCAGCAGCGCCGCGGCAGCCAAGGGCGGCCCCGUCGGCCGAAGGGAGGCAGGCCCCACGCGGCGCUGAUGAACGUGGGGUCUGUCUACAAACAUUUGAAGCGGUCUCCACUUUCUGGGGGCUCCAAAACCGUUUAAUCUCUUUCUGUAGCUCACUUUUUUAUCCACAGGCAAAUCUCAGAGCAGUGAUUCCAUUUUUAACCCUCCAAGAGGCAGGUACGCAUGGAUGUGAAUGGGCUGGUUGGCCCUGACUGCAGCCUCGGUGGGGAGGGCCCGGGUUGGGGCUUCCGGACCAACUCUGACCCUGGCUUUUCCCUUUCCUUCCCAGGACAUGAUGUCUAGCCUGACAGGACUUUAUGCUUUCAUUCUACAAGUUAGGAAAGAGAGGAGGUGAUCGAUUAGAGCUCUCCAACCUGUUGAGGGAUUGGGAGUUCUUGAAGGCCCUCCAGGGCCUGGCUUUGACAAAGCGUCUGCAAUUAAUGAUGCUUCUUGAGCUCUGGAGACAGGAUUUAUGCAUCUAAUAAAGUCUGUAACUCCAGGCUUAGGGGCUGGGACCGGAGGCUGAGAGCAGGAAGUCCCGGGGGUGGGGGCGGGGGGGGUCUCAGGCGGCUCCUAACAGAGCAGUGCAUUUCCACUGCCAGCUCUAGAUCCCCCCUCAGGCUGCUGUGGGGGGGUGAGGAACAGAGGAGCAGCAGGUAUAAGAGGCGGCUGUGGCCACAGGAAGGCAGCUGGCAGUAUGGACUUCACGCGGGCAGCAGUGCUGCUGGUGGUACUGCUGUUAGUAACGGACUGGGGCCACGCUGAAGGACCAGGGGGCCCGGAUGGAGGACACCAGAUCUUCACGGAGGAAGAUAGUGGAGCCCGCCCAUUACAGGAUGCCCAGAUCCCUGGGUCACUCUUGCAGUCCCUGCUCCAGGCCAUGCAGAGAACCAGCCGGAGUCCAGCCUUCCUGUUUCAACCUCAAAGGUUUGGCAGAAACACCUGGGGCUUCUGGAGCAACAAACGGCUGAGUCCCCGAGCUGCGGACGGGCUGAGCUCCUCAUUCUGGAGCCUGGCUGCCCCGCAGCGCUUUGGAAAGAAGUAACAAACAUGUCAUCCUUUGAUGUUUGCAUGCAAGGCCCACACUCAAAAGUGCCCGUGUAUCCCCUCAAAUAAAGCUGUCUGGCUUCUGAA